UUGUUUUGAAUUUUGACAGCUUAAUAACACAAAUUUUUAGUUUCACAUAAGAAUGUACAUAAACAAGAUCCCAACAAUAAAUUUAGGUCGUUUCCAUUGGUAAUGUUUAACUGGACAGCAUGGUUAAGAGUGAUCCAACAGAAGGCGGUAGCGAAGGUCUCUCCAAAUCCAUCUUGGAUGACAAUGGCCAGUAGAUUGAGAGGCUACAACAACUAUAAUAAAAAUAGGAACAAUGCAAAGACAACAGAGUCAAAGGUCACAGAGACGAAAAGUAAAGAGAUGAACAUGGAGGAAGCUACACAAACUAAAACAGAUACUACCAGUAAAUCCAAUAUUCUUCCCAUCCUUAAUCUCAAUAUGAGCUCGGAUAAAACGAACUACCCGAAGCGUUCCAAGUGGCGUUAUGGUUAUAGUCUCGUUGUUGGAGGACUUUGUGGCACUGUGAUGUGGGCCAUCUAUGAGAUGGGUAAGCCCGAGGAGGAUCAUCUGGGACGCAGUAUUGAGGAUGAUCUCAGCUCGUUGUCGAUACCACAACAGUAUAUUCAACGCAUGUGGCACUCGUUGAAUUAUUACCAGAAAAUGCUGGAGGAACCGAUGCCCACCAGAUUAUUACCCGAUAUAGUCCAAGCACCUUAUGUGCAGCCACGUUAUACCCUCGUCCUGGAGAUGAAGGAUGUGCUGGUGCACCCCGAUUGGACCUAUCAGACGGGUUGGCGAUUCAAGAAGCGUCCUGGCGUCGAUCACUUCUUGAAGCAGUGCAGCAAACACUUUGAGAUCAUUGUGUAUACAGCGGAGCAGGGCAUGACUGCGUUUCCCAUUCUGGAUGCACUCGAUCCAAAUGGGUAUAUACGUUAUCGUCUGGUAAGAGGAGCUACUCAGCUGGUUGAUGGACAGCAUAUCAAGAAUCUUAAUCGUCUCAAUCGGAAUCUCAGACGUGUUAUUGUCGUGGAUUGGGAUCGUCGGGCGGUUCCAUUGCAUCCGGAUAACAUCUUUGCCAUUUCCCGCUGGAUGGGCAACGAUGAUGAUGUUCAACUCUUCGAUCUGGCCGCCUUUUUGGGACUCAUAGCCGAACACAAGAUGGAGGAUGUCAGGGAGGUGCUUCAUUACUACAGUCAAUUCGAGGAUCCAAUCGAACAAUUCAAGGAGAAUCAGCGCAAGAUGCUGGAACUGAAGCAGGAGAAGACUGACAUCGAAGUAGCUUCCAAAAAGAAAUGAACGACAGAUAUUAAUCUAUUGCUCCUUAGAUAUAUAUUUUUCUAUUUUCAGUUAAGCUGAAAAUUAAUUUAAUUAUGUGAUUCUAUUUUUGUAUCCUUUCGAAUAUUCUUCACUUAAAUUGCUUGCUUGUAAAACAACAUGUCUAUAUUUGUAAGACUGUAAAUUUAAUAAAAAAUUGCUAUUGAAUUUAAAA